AUGGCGGGCGUGUUGACGGAGACAACGGUGGAGCUUGCGGCGUCGCUGACUCAGGCAGCGGCGCGGCACGUGGUGGAGGCAGAUUACUUCAUGUGCGCGGGCAAGUACGACGGCUGGCUGCCCACCAUGCGAGUUCAUAGGCAACCUGCUCAAGGGGCAGUGGUGGUCAUCAUCGCUCCCCUCCUUCCGCCCCCACCCCCCCUCCCCUUGCACGCCAGGUUCAUAGGCAAUCUGCUCAAGGGGCAGACAGUGGGCAUCAUCGGCGCGGGGCGCAUUGGCAGCGCCUAUGCACGCAUGAUUGUGCGAAGGGAGGGAGGGGGGAUGGGGAAAUGGGGAAAGGGGGCGAUGGGGGGAAUGGCGGAAUGGGCAACGGGGGGGAAUGGUCGAUGGGGGGAUGGUGGGAAUGGAAUAAUGGAUGGAUGGGAUGAUGGGAGCGUGGAGGGCUUUAAGAUGAACCUCAUCUACUUCGACCUAUACCAGUCCAAGCGGUUGGAAGAGAGUGUAAUUGCCUACUCCCGCUUCCUCCAAUCACAGGGCGAGCCGCAAGUGACUUGGCGUAGAGUGUCCAGUCCCGAAGAGGUGCUGCAGGUUGCUGACGUGGACGCCAUUUUGGGCCUAGUGACGGACAAGGUGGCGUUGUGGACAUGUGUGUUCCAUGCCUGCCUGCCCGUCACAUCAAUGCCAUGCCUCCACUCCCCCUCCUCCCCCUUGCAGGACGCCAUACUGGUGAACUGCAGCAGGGGUCCAGUGGUGGACGAGGUGGCACUGUUGAAGCACCUCAAGGCCAACCCCGCCUUCAGAGCCGCUCUCGACGUCUUUGAGGACAAGCCGCUGAUGAAGCCAGGUCUCUCCACGCUCCCCAAUGUGGUAGUCGUACCGCACAUCGCCUCCGCCUCUCAGUGGACACGGGCUGGCAUGGCAGGCCUCGCUGCUCUCAACGUCACUGUGAGUGCAGCGUGUGCCUUAGAUACAUUGGUCCUCUCAUUGUUGUGCCGGGCAUCGCCUCCACCUCUCAGUGGACGCGUGCCGACAUUGUUAAAAGCCUAA